CCCUUAAAGCCAGAAGCUGAAAGCAUGGAGGAGGCACCAGAAGAGCUAUUGGAGCGCCUUGCCCAGACAGAGAAACUCGUUGUGCAGCUGAAGGAUUUGGUCAGGGAGAAGGAUGCUCUGCUCCAGCAGAAAGAAGCUGCUCUCAAGGAGGAGAAAGAGGCUGCAGAUGCUAAGCUGCUGAAGCUCAAACUUCAGGCCAAGGCCAAGUUGGCCUCUCUGAACAAGCGCAUCGAGGAGCUGACAGAGAAGGGAUCUGCACUGCCCACGCAGGCCUCAUCAGGAGAGCAAGUGUGUCCCAAGUGUCAGAACAACCAAGCUGAAUGUGAAGGACAUGGGGAGGAAGCUGAAGCACUAAAAAAGCAGCUCAAGGAGCAAGGAGAGACUGUUCAGGAUUUGAAGGAACAAUUGAUUCUAGCCAGGAGGAAUCUGGAAGAUGCUGAAAUGAAGUCAGCAACACAGCUGAACUGCCUGCAGGAAGUGAUUCAGGAGAAGGAAGCUCUCCUGGCAGAGCAGGCUCACCAGCACCAAGCUUUGCUGCUCAAGAUAGCAGCCCAGUCAGAACUGGAGGUGGAGAUGCAGCAGAACCUGCGCACACUUCAGAGGAAGCUGGAGGAGCAGGAGGCAGCUCUGCUGGGACGAACUCAAGUGGUGGAGUUGCUGCAGCAGGAGUUGCACACAGCUGAACAACAGAACAAGACUCUUCUAGAGCAGUGCCAGAAGAUGGAAGUGGAUCUAAGCUCCCUGAGGGAUGUGCUAGAUGCAGAGAGACGAGAAUUUCAGGCUCUCAGAGAGAAGAUGGAGCUGGAACUGGCUGAGACCAAGCUGUCCUCCCAUCGCUUGCAGGAGGAGGUGCAGGGCGUCUUGGAACAGCUGCAAGAGGCAAGAAGAGCACAAACCGAGUUGGAGGUGAAGUAUAAAGCCCUGGAGGAGGAGCAAAGGCAGGAGGUGGAAGAGAAGAACCUGCAGAUCAGUUGUCUUCAGGUGGCUGAGCAGGAGCUGCAACGUGGCCGUGCUGCUCUUGCAGCUGAGAACGAUCGGCUGAGGGAGGAGGUUGGCAGGCUGCUGGCCUUGUCUGCCCAGCACAGCCCUGCAGAACAGAAGCCACAGGAAGUUCCCCGCUUGGAACCCAUGUUCCAGGAGCCUCGUCAGGAAGCUGUGGUGGUCACAGAGCAUGCAAAGCAGGCAGGAACAGAUGGAAGUGAGCAGUUCACUGAGGAAAGCUGUCCUCCUGGAAUUCUAGAAUACCUUGCUGCAGAGAAGCAGAAAGAGCUGUCAGUGCUGCUGCUGGAGCUGAAAGAAGCCCAGGAAGAGAUAACUUUCCUCAAGAGCCAGCUCAAGGGCCCAAACAGCCAAACUUCUGCAGGCAGCCAAGCAGGAGAAGCACCUAACCAGCUGGAAGUUCGUUCUCAGGCAUGGCUUCUGGAGAGGGAGGAGCAAAAGGCUGCAGCUUUGCCAAAUGAGCUGAGCAGCAGCGCUGAGCCCUGCAGAGGGCAGGUGGAGGCAGUGCAAGAUGUGUCUGCAAGAGAUCCGGGGCUCACCAUCUUUCAGUCUGAAGAAGUGCUUAGCUUACAAAAGCAAAUCACAGAGCUGCAGAGAGUUCUGCAGGAAUCAGAGGAAGCCUAUGAGAAACACCUAGGAGAGAAAGGUGCAGAAAUCCAGAGGCUGAACCAGCUGGCUGAGGAGUACAGGAGGAAAAUAGAGGCUUGUGACAGAACCUCUUGUGUUUUGACUGAGGAAAGGGAUCAGCUGCUGUCUCAGGUGAAGGACCUCCCUAGCAUCACAGAGCUGAAAGAGCAAGUCAAGCAGCUUGAGGAGGAUCUUGCCUUGUCAGAAAAGCAGAGACUGUCAGACAGCCAAAGCAGUCUCUUGAGAGAACAAAUCCAGAGCCUUAAAAAUGAAUUUAAGUCCAAGGAGGUAAAAAUUGAAGCUCUGCAAAAAGACUUGGAUGAAGCUCAGUUUCAGCUUUCUGACCAGGAUGUGCAACUGAAAGAUCUGCAAAGCCAAAUUGAGAAGAAGGAAUGUGAAGUGCUCAACCUACAACAGCUGUUGAGCAAGAAUACAGCUGCAAUGGAAGAGCUGUCACAUAGUUUAACCUCCAAGAGCCACAGAGCAGCAAGCUUAGAUCAGCUCGUGGCUGAACACACCAGGACUAUAGAGAGCCUGCAGCAAGCCUUGCUGGAGAAGGACCAACAGAUGACAGAGAUCAGUGUCAGCAUGUCUGAGAAAAUGGUCCUGCUGAAUGAAGAGAAGUUUUCUCUAGGAAAUGAGCUGAAGAGUCUUAAAGAGCAAACCAGCCUGCUAUUGAAAGCUCAGGAGGAGAGAAACCAACACCUAGAAGCAAAAGAUCCUGAACAGCAGCCUGAGGUGGAGGCAGCCUGUCAAAGUGAGGAAUUGCUAAAUAAACUUGAAUGCCUUCAGAAGGAGAAUGAGCAAGUAAAGAGGAAGCUGCAGGCAGCCCUUGUGAACAGGAAGGAACUCCUGAAGAAGGUGAGCAGGUUGGAGGGUGAAUUAGGACAGCUGAAGAGAAAACAGGAAGCAGAAGACUCAGUGGCUCAGGAAGCAGAAGGGCAUGAAAAUGUGCCAGGUGAGCUGAGCAGAGAAGUGGGUCUGGAAUGCCAGUCCAGUGAGGAGCAGCUCCUCCAGCUGCUCUCCCAAAAGGAGUCUGAGUUGCAGAGGAUCCAGAAGGAGCUGCUGGGUAAAGAAGCUACUGAAGCACAGCUGCAGGCAGUGAUUGAGGAAAUGAGGCAAAGCUUGCAAGGUGAGGCAGCCACUGCUUCGAGUCAAGGUGAAGGCAUGGAGAGUCAGACCCUUGCUGACAAAGCCACUGAGACCAAUAAAAGCCCAGGAGAUUCUGAAGCAAAGGAAAACAGUGGUUCAGCAGAAGACCAGCACAAGUCUGCUCUGAAAGAGAGGAUUUCAGCUCUUGAACAAGAGAAGGAACAGCUUCAAAAGAAACUCCAGGAAGCUCUGGUGUCUCGGAAAGACACUAUCAAAAAGGCUCAAGAAAAAGACAGGCACCACAGAGAGCAGCUGAAACAGCAGAAAGAUGAUUACAACAUCCUGCAAGAAGAGUUUGAUAAGCAAAGCAAGGAGAAGGAGGGCAUCCAAGCUCAGCUCAGGCAGCUCCAAGAACAGAAGGGAUCAGCAGAGAGCAUUCUGGGGGAGCAGGAUGGGUUGGAGUCCUCAUGCAUGGAAGCAGAAAAGAGAGCAAAUAACCAGGUUGUGCAAGCUGCAGGUGUUUCUGGGGAGGAGCUAAAGAAAACACUUGAAAAGGUGGAGAUGGAGAAAGAAGAGCUGGAAUGUCACAUCAGCCAGGUGCAAAGUGAGCUUGCUUCUAAGUCAGAACUAGUCCUUCACUUGCAAGAGCACGUAGCACAGCUGUUUGAGGAGAUAGAAGGGCUGAGGAGGACCUCUGACCAAGCUGAAGCCAAGGUGGCAAGUCUUCAGGCAGAACUGGAGGAGAGGCAGACCAGAGUGUUGAGGGAGGAUGUUCUGGAAGACCUGAAAACGCUGCUGCACAAAAAGGAUCAAGAAAUGGAAGUUCUUAACUUGCAGCUAAAGGAGAAAAGUGAAACUCUAAAUAAGGUGCAGGCACAGCUGCUGGAAAGGGAGGAUUCAGUCCAGAGACUCUGCAGUCAAUUGGAAACUCAAGCCCGGGUGCACGAGGAGCAAAGCAAACAGCUGCAGGCAGAGCUGCUUGAAGUUCAGGGGAAGCAAGAUGAUGGUGCAGAAGCAGCCAAACAGAAGAAUCAGCUGCAGAGGAAGCUGCAAGCUGCACUUAUCUCUAGAAAAGAGGCCCUGAAGGAGAGCAAAUCUCUGAAGGAGGAGCUGGCUCAGGCUAAAACUACCAUUGAAGGUCUUGGUGUCAGGCUGGCCGACGUGGAAAGCCAGCUAGGGGAGCAGGUUAGAGAAGGAGCUGCCUUAACAGCAAAGGUAGCAGGGCUCACCCAGCAGCAAGAGAAGCUUGCUGCAGAGCUGGACAAGGCCCUGAGAGAAAAGCAGGAUCUGGAUGGCUGCUGUCACAACCUGAGGCUCACUCUAGAUGGAGUAGUUCUGGAGAAGGAGAAGCUGGAGAAGGAGAUAGAGUCCUUGCAGUGCUUGCAAGCCACGGAGAGCUCUGAGUGGCAGGAGAAGUGCAGGGAGCUGCAGAGGGAGUACGAAACCCUGCUGCAGUCCUACGAGAACGUGAGCGGCGAGGCCGAGCGCAUCCAGCGCCUCCUGGAGGCUGCCAGGCAGGAGAAGCAGGAGGUCUUCCUCAGGCUGAAGAGUGCUGAAGCAGAAAAAGAGGAGGCAAACAAGCAGCUCCGGGAAGCUGAGGAGGAAAUUGAUGGAAUGAAGGAGAAAAUGAGGAAAUUUGCAAAAUCGAAGCAGCAAAAAAUCCUGGAGCUAGAAGAGGAGAAUGAGAAGCUCAGAGCAGAGAUUCAGCUUAAGGAGGGAGACCUGCACAGGGCUGGAGGUCCUGUGGCAAAUACCAGCCUGAAAGAUGAUCUGGAAGGCUCCAGGAGGGAUUGCCAGUCUCUUUCUAUUCAGCUCGAGACAGUGAUGGCUGAAAAGGAGUCUCUGAAUCAAGAGAUCACAGAUUUAAAGUGUCUCCUGCAGGUCACAGAAUCCAAGCUGAAAGAAAGCAGAGAUCUGGUGGACAAAUAUGCUGCUCAGAGAACAACAGGGGAAGAGAGAAACUGGGCAGCUGCCACACCACCAGCAGUGGAGAGUGCUGGGGAUCAAACAGAUCUAUGCUGUAGGCCAGGGGCUCCUACUGCAGAGCUGAAACAAAAAGCUUGGGAAGGUGGUAGCCCUCGUGAAGACCUUGGUACCUACAUAGAGCAGAUAGCUAAGCUCACAGAGCGAAUCACAGAGCUGGAAGACAACAGGAGGGCUUCGGAGCAAGAGCUGGAGGACAUCCACAGGUGUGUUGAGACUUUAGCAGGUGAGAAAAGGGCUUUGGAGAGCCAAGUGGAAGAGAAAGUCCAUGAGUUGAGUGCUCUUCAGGACACAGUAGCACGAAUGGAACAAACAGUCCAAAGCACCCAAGCUGAUCUGCUCAGGGUGACAGAACUGAAGGACAGGCUGGAGGCUGAGAAGGAUGACCUGGAAGAAAGGCUGAUGAAUCAGCUGGCAGAACUCAAUGGGAGUAUUGGAAACUACCAGCAAGAUGCAACGGACUUCCAGCUCCAAAAUGAGCACCUGAAGGGUGAGCUUCAGAGCCUGCAGAGGAUGGUGCACGAGCUGCAGGAGGAGAAGUGCCAGAUGGCAAAGGAGAGCAGCAAAGCAGGUUCAGAAAGGCAAAAGGAGUUGGUAGAAAAGCUGAAGUGCAGCUGGAGGGGGGAGAGCAGCGUGCACGUGAAGGAGCUCCAGGAGCUGCUGAAACAGAAGCAGCAGGAGAUUAAACAGCUGCAGAAGGACUGUAUUGAAUGCCAGGAAAAGAACAGUAGCUUGGAAAGAACUGUUAAAGCUCUGGAAUUUCUGCAGAGUGAGUCUCAGAAAGAGGUAGAAACAGCCAAGGAGGCUUUAGCUAAAGCAGUUGAAGACACCAAGAAAGCCCAAGCGGAGCUUGCUGACUGCAGAGUCGUGUUGGAUGACACCCAGAGUGAGGCAGCAAGGGUGCUAGCAGAGAGUGUCAAAGUGAAAGAAGAGCUGCAGGCAAGCAAAGAGAAGAGCAAAAUUCAGAUGAAGAAAAGAGAUGAGGACUUGGAGAGAAGACUAGAGCAAGAAAAAGACAAGCACUCCAAGGAAAUUCAGAACAUGGAAGAGAAGCUGGCAGCCCUGCAGAGGGAGAAGGAGCUCCUGGAAAGAACUGUUGCUAAUCUUCAAGCCUCCUUGAAGACAAAGGAGCAAGAAGCCAAGCAGCUGGAGGGCAGCCUAAACGAAACACUAGCCCAGCUUGCAGCCUUCACCAGAAGCAUGUCAUCCCUUCAGGAUGACAGGGACAGAGUGAUAGACGAGUCCAAAACAUGGGAGAGGAAAUUCACUGAAACCAUUCAAAAGAAGGAGGAGGAAAUACACCUCAAAGAGGAAACCUGUGCUGUGCUGAAGGACCAGCUGAAGCAGGUGACCCUGCAAGUGGAGGAACUUCAGGCUCAUAUAUCCAGGCUGGAACAUAACAAGGAAGAGAGGGAGGCUGAAUCCAGGAAGGAGAUUGAUCAUCACCAGAAGGCAUGUGAAAUGCUGCAGCAGGAAAGAAAGGAGCUUUUGACUCAGCUGGAAGGGGCUCAGAAACAGUACAGCAAGUCCCAGAAUGAGCAGCAGAAGCUGGAGUCAGAAAUCAGCAGCCUGAGAGAUCAGCUUGCCAGCUUACAGAACUCCUUUGCCCAGUGCGAGAUGGUCAGAGAAGAGCUGGGAGCUGUGGUCAAGCAACAAGAGGCCAGCAUCCAGAACUUUAAAUUGAGCUGUGAACAGCUUGAGGCAGAUCUGCAAGCUUCUAAGGACCUAACCAAUAAGCUGCAUGAAGAAACCAGUGCCAAGGAUCAGAAGAUCAUGGGUUUGCUGUCUGCCAAGGAAGAAGCCGUGCUGGCUGCUCUGUCCGAGCUGCAGCAGCAGCACUCUGAAGAGAUGAGAGAGUUGGAGCUUAGCUUGAGCAAGAAGGAAGAGGAUAAAAAAAGUCUGGAAAAUGAGAAGAACAAAUUCCUUGAGAAACUGGAUCAUCUGACUGAAAAGAUGAAGGUGAGCAGGGAAGAAAGCAAGCAGCAGAAGGCCCAGCUGGAGUCCUUCACCAAGUCCAUGUCGUCUUUGCAAGACGACCGAGACCGAGUGCUGAGGGACUACAGGCAGCUGGAGGAACGGCACCUGGGCAUCAUCCUGGAGAAAGACCAGAUCAUUCAGGAGGCUGCUGCUGAAAACAACAAGCUGAAGGAGGAGAUCAGAAGUUUCCACAGCCAGAUGGACGACCUUAACUCGGAGAAUGCCAAGCUGAGUGCAGAGCUGGUGAGAUACCGAGAAGACCUCAACCAGGUGAUCUCCAUAAAGGAUUCCCAGCAGAAGCAGCUCCUCAAAACACAGCUUCAGAGGAUCCAGGCUCUGGAAAAGGAGAAGGCAGCCAUAGAAACACAACUGAAAGAAUCCCAGCAUGCUCAGGAUGACCUCAGGGAUUCCAGGAGAGCCUUGGAAGAGGAUAAAGCUGGCAUGUCUCAAGAGAUUGAAAGCCUGAAGUCCUCUCUGUCUCGGGUGCAGAGUGAGAUGGCAGCGUUACGGGAGGGCAGUGCUGUUGCGGAGUACCAAGCGCAGCUGAGGACCCGAGAAGGAGAGGCAGAAGAGCUGAGCCGUCAGCUUUGCCUCUCGCGCCAGAGGGUAGCAGCACUGGAGGAGGAGUUGGUCUGCGUUCAGAGGGACGCAGCCAGGAGGGUGGGCGAGGCCGAGGACAGGCUGCAGAAGGAACUGAAGCACCUGCACCACGACGCGGGGAUAAUGAGGAACGAAACAGAAACAGCGGAGGAGAGGGUGGCGGAGCUGGCGCGGGACCUGGUGGAGAUGGAGCAGAAGCUCCUCGCGGUCACCGAUGACAACAAAGAGCUGCGGGCUCAGAUUCAGUCCUUCGGGAAGUCCAUGAGCUCCCUUCAGGACAGCCGGGACCAGGCCCACGAGGAGCUUCGCCUCUUGAAACAGAAAUCCUCUGGGCACUUGGAGGAGCAAAAGAGCCUGGUGCAGGACCUGCAGCAGCAGCUGGCCCAGCUGCGAGAGGAGCAGCGCGCCGCUGCCAGGGACCGGGAUGCAGCCAGGUCUGAGCUCACACAGCUGCAGAAAGCCACUGAGGAAAGAGGUCUCUGGGCCCAGGUGGAGCAGCUUAAUCAGAAGCUGAAGACCAAAGAUGAGGAACUUCUCCGUUUGUCUGCGGAGCUGGAAGGUUCUUCCAACCAAGUCAAAUCCUUCUCCAAGGCUAUGGCAAGCCUGCAGAACGAGCGAGAGCGUCUCCUGGAUCAACUGAAGGUUGAAGAGGUGAAACAACAACAGCAAGCAGAAGGGAGCCCCUCCAGCACUCCUUUGGAAGUGCAGAGCCUGAAGAACGCCCUCUCCUCCUUGCAGAAUGACAGGGACAGAGUGGUGAGGGAGCUGAAGAACCUGCAGCAGCAGUACAUCCUUGUGGGGGUGGAAUCAGCUGAAAACGCUCGAUUGAAAGCACAGCUGCAGGAGUAUCAGCAGGAGGCAGAUAAGCAGCACCAUCUCCAGCAGCAGCUGAAGCAAGAAAGCCUUUUGCACCAGCAGGAGCUCCAGAAGCUCAGACAAGAGAAGACUACCUGGGAGAAGCAGAACAGCAGCAUGAAGGAGCAGUACCUGGUGGUCAUAGCUGAAAAGGACAAACAGCUGAGCCAUUUACAGAGGAUCACCCAAGAAAUGAGGCUGCCUCUCAGCAAGUCCCAGGUGGUAGAGGAGCAGUACCAGACCAAGGUUCCCUCAGAAGUUCUCAGGGGGGACUUUUCAAGCUCAGAAGCAGAGACAAAACAUCUCCAGGCCCAGCUGAGUGAUAGCCUGAAAGAACUGCACCAAAAAGAGCUCAGAAUCCAGCAGUUAAACAGUAAGCUCUCUCAGGUCUUUGAAGAGAAGAAUGCCCUCUCCCUCCAGCUGCGUGGGAGCAGUAGGAACAUCUCUGAGAGCCACCAGCACUACAACGAGGUUCUGAACCGCUGCUUGGAGCUGGAGAAGCAACUCCAGGAGCUUCAGUCUGCUGACAAGGGCAUGGAGCUGUUUGCAACGGAUGCAGCCCCAGGAGCACCCCAAGAAAAGAAUGAGCCUCAGAGAGGCAGUUACACACCAGAGCUGCAGGAGCUGCAGCUGAGGCUGUCUGAAACAGAACACUUACACAGCAGCACAAAGCAAGACAUGAGGUAUUUGGAGGAGCAGCUGGAGGAGGAACGGGAGCGGCGCCUUGCAGUGGAGGAGGCUCUCUCUGCAGCACAGGAGCAGAUCAGGAGGUUGCAGUCAAGUGAGUGGACAUCAUCUUCAAGAACUAGCAUUGAUAUGACUCCAGGCCAUGAGCAUUCCUUGCUGAUUGAUUCCACAGACCAUAACUUCAGCAGGAGCAGGAAUAUCCUUGGCCUACGACGCCUGCUCCGCUCCCUCUUCCAUUCCAGGACCCACUUGCCUCUGCUAGUGGCCAUCUAUCUACUUGCUCUCCAUGUUCUUCUCUUCCUGUGCUUUACAGGCCAUCUCUGAGGAGGAGGAGCAGCCUUUCUUCCCCAGGGCUCAGCUCUCUGUGUAGUCAGGUCCUGCUUUUCCCACUUCACCCAGCUGCCUUCUUUUCCCAGCUGAGCUUCCGCCAGCAGCUGACACCCAAGGUGUUUGCUGUGGCUGCCCAAGCCUGCAGCAGCCAAGGGCUGCUUUUUGCUCGCUGGUUCAGUGCUGUUUGAAAUCUGUAUCCUAAGGAAGCUGCACACACACUGGGAGCCACACAGCUUGAAUUUCCAAGGAGAGUUUCCUGCUCAGCUGGCAUCUCCUGUGUGAAGAAAGGCCAAACCUGGGGAGUCUGGACCUGCUGGGCAUUCCGCUGAGAAGCAGACACUUCUGCCCAGCCAAGCCUGUAACGGGUGGCAAUUUAGCUGUUGGAAAAGAAGCAAACUUUUAACCUCUAGGUUAGUAAUAAUGCUGGUUCUAGCCUCUGUGCACCUCACCAUGAGAGGUGAAAUGAAAGCAGCCAGCCUCCAGCAUUCCUCUCCACUGAACACCUGGAGAGGCUGGGCUGAAGGCUUCCAGAAUGCAGUGUGUGGGCCCAAAUCAUAGAACGGUCUGGGUUGGAAGGGACCUCCAAAGCUCAUCCAGUGCAACCCCCUGCAAUCAGCAGGGACAUCCUCCACUGGAACAGGUUCCUUAUAGCCCUGUCGAGCCUCACCUUGAACAUCUCCAGGGAUGUGGCCUCAGCUCCCUCCCUGGGCAGCCUGUUGCAGUGUUCCAGCAGCCUCAUGCUAAAGAACUUCUUCCUCACAUCCAAUCUCAAUCUGCUCUGCUCUCAUUUCAAACCAUUGCCUCGUCCUGUCACUGCAGGCCUUUGCAAACAGUCCCUCUGCAGCCUUCUUGCAGCCCCCUUCAGGUCCUGGCAGGCUGCUCUUGGCUCUGCCUGCAGCCUCCACUUCUCCAGGCUGAACACCCCCAGCUCCCUCAGCCUGGCCUCACAGCAGAGCUGCUCCAGCCUCCUGAGCAUCCCUGAGGCCCUCCUCUGGCCCUGCUCCAUCAGGUCCACGUCCUUCAUGUGCUGAGAGCUGCAGAGCUGGACACAGCAGUGCAGGUGAGGUCUGAGCAGAGCAGAAGAGCAGAAGCUCCAGAAGUAACCUGGGCCUGGAGCUGUGAAACCUCCUGGCAUGUGUGCUUCGGGAAGGGCCUGUUGCAGAAAGCUGCUGCUGGGCAUUGGACUUGUCUGAAUCUAAAGCAAAUGGACUUGAUCCUAUAGGGUACAUGGAAAGCUGUGUUUCUGAGGAGCUGCUGCUUGUGUGCUGGAAUUUAGGCUGUCCUUCCACUGCUGAAUGCACAGAAAAUGGUUCCUGUCGAGCUCCCUCUGAGAGACCUCUUGCUGGAAUACUGGCAGUCCCAUUUUUCCCAUGGGAAAGAGAGGGAGUUCUUUUGGCACUUGCUGGUAAGCCAAGAUUUCCUGGCCAGUCGAUGAAACCUACUUGGGGGAUGUCUGGAUGGAUUCCAUCAUGGCAGCUCAAAUCACCAGAUCUCUGGCAGGUCCAGAAGCUUGGCACUACAUCUCCAUGGUUGGCACCACCCUUGAUGAUCUCUGUGGGCUUCCUCAACCACGUCCCAAUUUGGUGACCAAAUCCUUUGCCUCUAGCUUCCUGGAGCCCUGUGCUCCUCUGUGUAUAGAAUAAAGAUUAUUUUUCACAUG